AUGGCUACUCCCUACUACAGUGUGACAAGCGAAGGGGGCACCAGAUACGUCCGCAGAAAACACCGUCGGCCGGACGGGACAUACAGUGACAGUGAAUCCUGUCCCAGCGACGUGGAUGUGGAAGCUGCUACUGCCAGAGCCGCCAAACAGGGCAAGGGAGGCAAAAAGGGGAAGAAGUCAAUAUCGGAAGGAAAGGAGAAAGAAAAAGGAAAGCGAAAAGAUUCUGAAAAGGAGAAAAAAUCGAAGGGGAAGGGAGGUAAGAAAGGGGGAGAGGACAGUGAGGACGAAAAUAAGAAACGCAAAGGAAAAGCAGAUCGACAGAAGGGUGAAGAUGCGGAUGACGAGGAUAGCGAUUACAGUUUGAAGAGUGUGGUGAGUGAGGGAGGCACCCGACGAAAGAUGAAGAUGAAACGAAUUCGCGACGAAGACGGGAAUGUGGUAGGCUAUGGUGACGCCAUACCAGCAGACGUGAGGGCGUCCUCUGUCACGGGAAGAAGAGGUAACCGACUCGUUCGUUUGUUUGUUAAGUAAAUCGAAGCAAAUCGACACAAUAAUACAUGUAG